AUGCCGCUGCGGCUGGCGCUCUGCCUGCUGGCGCUCUGCAGCCCCGCCGCCGCGCACGGUGGAAUCUGCUGGCUGCAACAGGGGAAGGAGGCCAAGUGCACCAUGAUCCUGAAGACAGGUGUGACGUGGGAGGAAUGCUGUGCCAACGGCAAUGUGGACGUGGCCUGGUCUAACUACACCUACCCAGGCAACAAGAUCAGCCUGCUGGGCUUCCUGGGGCUGGUGACCUGCCACCCCUGCAAAGAGAGCUGCGAGGGGGUGGUGUGCGGCCCCGACAAGGUGUGCAAGAUGAAGCACGGGCGUCCCCAGUGUGCCUGUGCCCCCGACUGCUCCAGCCUGCCCCGCAAGCUGCAGGUCUGUGGCUCCGAUGGCUACACCUACCGGGAUGAGUGUGACCUGCUGACGGCCAAGUGCAGAGACCACCCCGACCUCGAAGUGAUGUACCAGGGCAAAUGCAAAAAGUCCUGCUCCAGCGUGGUGUGUCCUGGCACCCACACCUGCGUGGUGGACCAGACAGGCAGCGCCCACUGCGUGAUGUGCCGGACGGCCCCCUGUCCUGAGCCCACCAGCCUGGACCACGCCCUCUGUGGCAACAACAACGUCACCUACCCCUCGGCGUGCCACCUGCGGCGAGCCACAUGCCACCGCGGCCGCUCCAUCGGUGUGCGCCACUACGGGAGCUGCUCAGCUGCGGCCAAAUUCUCCUCAGAGACGGACAGCGUGGAGGAGAACUACGUGUGA